AUGUUGCAUAAAAUUAAACCGCUAGACGUCACUAACAUUACACAAUUGAGUCGGGAGGUAGCGACAAAGUUAAUAGACAAUAAUUAUGAACAGAUAGUUUCGUCUCUAAGGGCAGCUGCUUAUCGAGUCUUCGCUCUUAAACCAUCAAACGGAUCGAAGAAGCGCAGAAUACCAGGAUGGAAUGAGCGGGUCAAACAGGCCUAUGCAACAUCGAAAGAGGCUUUUAUCAAUUGGGUUGCCGCAGGUAGACCCUCUACCGGGGUGGUGGCGGAGAAAAGGUCAAGUACUAAGAAAGAUUUCAAAAAGGAAUAUAAAAAAUGCUUGAGAGAUUCCGAGGAAAUCAAGGCCAGCAGGAUAGCACUUAGUCUUCACAAUAAGAACUUUAAUAGCUUCUGGAGACAGACAAAUAAAGCUAUGAAGACAAAAAACAAGACGUUGGCUGUUGAAGUUAACGGAAAAUCGGACGAAAGGGAGAUAGCUAAGGAAUUUGCCAGCCAUUUUGGUUUCACAACUAGUCACCCGGCAGACAAAACACCUAUGUCGCGUAGAAUUAUUUCUAUUUCCGCCGCCGAGGUCGAUAAAAUCAUCCAAUGUGAGAACAGAAAUAAGGCGGCAGGACAUGACGGCCUUGUGGCUGAGCAUUUGAUAUAUUCAGGCCCCUACCUACCGACACUGUUAGCCGCUCUGUUUAACGCUUGUCUCACUAUGUGUCACAUACCAACCGACAUGAUGAAAACCACUGUAAGUCUUAAUAGUAUACCAAUGAUCUCAUUUGCAUCAGUCCCAUGCUCCAUACCAUAA